AUGGCCGGCCCUGGCUGGAGAUAUAAUACCGACACCGUCUCCGCAGCCCUCGCCCCGACGCCUUCCCCAUCCUCGGCGCCCGGCAUGCUGACUGCCGACUACGACCCAUUGGUCGAGUAUGAAGCCGGCCUCUCUCCCGUACCGUAUCCAUACGGCGGGGGUUACCCCCCGGGCUGCUCCACGCCACGCGCGUCGAGCCAUCUGGUGCACAAUGCCUCCAGAUCCGCAGGCCCCGGUGUUUCGAGGACUUUGUCCGGGGGCUUCGCUCGGCAAAUGAAGCAGGGAGACGGGAUGGAUGUGGAAUCGGGCGCGCCGUCGUUUGGCGCCGCAGCCUAUCCCGUCGCCGGGGCUCUCCAGGCAUCAUACGAUGCCUCGCUGUCUCCGUUUGCCGUCUCCCCGCGCGCUUACGACACCGCCCCUUCCACGUCGGCCUGGAGGAGUCAGAACUGCGGAAGUCAUGUCCUCUCAGGGUCGAGCCAGCCCAAGUUGUCGUCUUCACCCCACUCCAUGGCCAGCUCGGCAGGCCUGUCAAGGCCCCGGCGUGUUCCGCGCAAGCAUACCACCAGAGAGGAGGCAAACUUUCAGUGUAGCGUCCAAGGCUGUGGCAAGUUCUUCAGUCGCAGCUACAACUUCAAGUCCCACAUGGAAACCCACGACGAGCAGCGUGAAUAUCCCUUUCCCUGUCUCGUCGGCGGCUGCGCCAAGAAAUUUGUCCGCAAGACGGAUCUCCAAAGGCAUCACCAAAGCGUCCACAAGAAAGAGCGGAACCACCGCUGUGACUACUGCGGGCGACUGUUUGCCCGAAAGGACACGCUACGAAGGCACAUGGAGGAUGGGUGUUCCAAAAGAUUCGAUAUCGAGACGCUGGACCUGCGCUCGGAGGAUCACAGCACUGUGAACCCAGCAGAUAGGGAGGCGCGACCAAGUCCAACACGAAAGGCGUCGACUGCCAAGGUACUGCCACCCAUGGCCGCCAGCCUAGCCAAUUCGCUCGGUGCUAGCAGAUACGCCGAAAUGGAACCAAAGAUGCAACUUCCGGAUCGGACCUGGGAGAGGUAG